AUGAAUACCACUUUGUCACAUCAUCUUCUCACGGAAUGGAUACACACUGUUCGAAAUGUUGUUGUUCAUACAACUUCACAACUAUCGACGACGGACGAUUCUGAGGAGGAGCCAGAUGAGAAUAAACUCCAGAAAUUGAUCGAUGGAGCGCUGUACAAUGAAAAACUUAUCAAUACUUACCCUUGGGUUAUCUUGGGGUUUGUAUUGAUUCUAUCGGGUAUACACUGGACGGAGAAGUCUGUACGAUGGAGAAGAAGGGCUUUAUGGAAGAAAGGGGAUAGAUGUCCACACGAUUUACUGGACGAUGAACCAUCAAAGACAAUUCGAGAGGAGGUGACAGACUAUGGCGAUGCUAGUUCGUCCGGGAGCAGUACAUUCGGUUCAGAUACCCCUUUUAUUAAACGCGAUGAUGAGAAUGAACGCAUGCCUCUAUUGUCCGGAAGCCGUUUUUCCAAUAACACUCCGUCGAAUCGAAUCACCAUCAUCACCCGCAUCAAAGCGUUCCUCGUAUACCAACCUCGACCACUCCCCUAUUUCAAUAAAGUUCUCCCUUCAAACGGCUCUUCAAUAUUCAUCAUGUCGUUUCUUGCCCUCAAUAUCUUCUACACCUUCUUCAACAUCUCAUUCACAUUGUUCGAAGCUUCCGUGCUUGGAGACCGAGCAGGCCUAAUAUUCGGUGUCAAUCUCCCACUGCUAUACAUUCUCGGCGCAAAGAACCAACCACUUAAAGUUCUAACAGGUGUCUCCUAUGAAUCUCUAAAUAUUAUUCACCGGCGACUUGGAGAACUAAUCAUUGUUGCUGCGCUCAUCCACGCUGGCGCCAUGUUCGUGAUGUGGUAUGUGAUCUUGGUACCAUUUAGUGGUUGGACAAUUUGGGAUUUUUUAACUCACCCGUGUAUCUAUUUGGGACUAUCGGCUUUAUUCACAUAUAAAUCAUUAUAUUUAACGUCGCUGGCGUCGUUCCGUCAGCGAUGGUACGAGGUGUUUUUGGGAUUGCACGUUGUGUUGCAAGCUGGUGCUUUGGUCAUUUUGUAUUUUCAUCACAGGGGAACGAGAACUUAUGUUGGAUGGGCUCUUGCGAUAUUCCUCGUGGAUCGCUUGGUAUACCGCCUUUGCGCGAAAAGUAUUAUGGCUGAGGCUAAAGUCAGUAUCUACCCUGACAACAAAACCCUCCUCCUAGCCUUUAAUCUCCCCAAAUCACCUACCACAGUUUUCUCCCAAACCCUCGGCCACUCGAUCUCCUCCGGCUGGAAUGCAACCGACCACGUUUUCCUCACCAUCCCCUCUCUAGGUCGUUCCCACGCACUCCAAGCUCACCCCUUUACAAUCGCCUCUCCAGCUCCCCUUCCCUCCUCAAAAACCUCCAAUCUCACCCUACUAAUCCGAGCCCGCUCCGGAUUCUCCGCCGAUCUCCUUCGUGCCGCCCAAGUCAAAAACACACUAAAAUGUCGUCUCGACGGUCCAUACGGAAGUAGUCAUGCUCGUUCUCUUCUUGAAGAUUCGGAUCUCGCGAUAUUAGUUGCAGGAGGGAGUGGAAUCGCUGUUACGUGGCCAAUCAUACAUCAUCUCCUGAACAUGUCAAGCGAAGGCGAAGAUCCCGAGACUAGAGCACUAACGACUAAGAGGAGACAGAGAAUUGUAAUGAUUUGGAUUAUUCACAAAAGUGCACAUCUUGAAUGGAUUGAUGAGAAGGAGAGGGAAGAUUUGGUAAAGAAUGGGGUGGAGAUUAUUAUUCCGGGCGCUACGACGGAGGUUGGGAGACCGGAUUUAGAUGGGUUGAUGGACGGGGUUAUUUGCGGCUCAGGUAAAGAGAUAGAGAAGAGACAGAAGAUAGGUGUGGUGGUUAGUGGACCGGAUGGAUUAAAUCGAACGGUAAACAACAAAUGUGCCGAAUUGGUCCGAGAGGGUAGAGAUUUAGAGGUCACGAUUGAGAAAUUUGGAUGGUAAAUAUCGAGGGCUUUCUUUCUUGUUCUUUGAAAUUUUACUUGGAUUGAGUUGGUACAUAGAGAGCGAAUCUUUCUUGGGUAUUUCGUAGCAUUUUGAAUUUAGCAUUGACGAGGAGAAUUUGUGAUGAUAUGAAUUGAAAUGAGUUGAAGAUAUAUGAUGCAUAGAUAGUUAUUACACACAUCCUGCACACGCGAUACAAUACCAUGCAAAUGGAACGAAAGUACAUACAUAGAUAUACACGGUUAGCAAAUA